AUGCUCAAGAAGAUCCUUCUGAGGGCACUAAACAAGUUUCUUGGGAACUAUGUAGAGAACAUAGACAAACAUCAGUUUGAGCUUGGAAUAUUCAAGGGAUAUGUGUCUGUAUCCAACCUGAGAAUCAAAUCUUCUGUCAUUUCGAGGCUGUUUGAGGGAAGGGUUGUGUCGAACUCGAUAGGGACACUGCGAGUUCUUGUGCCUUGGAAGAGCUUUUCUAGAAAACCUAUUGAAAUAUAUGUAAAGGAUGUUGACAUCAAGCUUGGGAAGGCUGGGUUCUGCUGGUGCUUUCUUGAUGAGAAGCUGUGUACAGAGUGUGUUGAGUACGAGAAAUAUGAGUUUAUGACCAAGCUUGACAAGCUUAGUGUUCUGUCUGAUGCUCGAGAGGACAACUCUACGCUUUUUAAGGAUCUGAUUGCUGGAGAUGGAUUCAGGGUCUUGAUUGAGAAUGUAAAUGUAGAAUAUGUAAGUGGAGCAUCAAUUGCUCUUCGGGUGCAGAAAGUGGAGUUCAAUAAGAAAACCAAAGGAGAAGUGAAGAACAUGAAGAUCUUCGAUGCUGUGGGGAUAGAAGUGGUUGGGGCAUCGAAGGUUCUAGGCCCAUUCGACAUCUACAGCAAGAUAAAGAUGUUACCUAAAGAUAUAAACCCAAGAAUUGAAGUAUCUCUUAAUGACUUUCACGUGGAGGUGAAGCAGCAGAUUGCUGAGGAGAUUCUUAGGGGGGCCAGAGAAUAUGCCGAGGACAGGGUACGAUGGACAUUGUUCAGAAGCUAUCUAGAAUACAGAGAGAUACUAAGGACGGCUAGAGAGAUGAACCUAUGGAAGGACCAGGAAGAUCCGGCAAGCUCGGACAGAAGUGUUGCAAUGGAGAUAUGGAAGAGAUUGAUAAGACUGCAGAAAAAAGCUAUGGAGUCCAAAGGCGUUGUUCUGGAGGAGAUACCUGGGAUAAUAUCAAAGAUAAAGGAAUACAGGGAAAUCUUAGGCCGUUCGGGCCUAUCCUUCAAGGAAGUAGAAAGAAAGAAGAGAUGUGAAAGGGAGAUUUGCUUGGAACGGUUAUUGAAAGUAAAGAGAAGUUUGAGCGAGGUCUCGGAAAAGAAGUCGUGGAAGAACAUCCUGUCGUUUAUGAAAGAAGAAGCGAACAAUAAAAGAACAUCAAUGAUCAUUCCAGCAACAUUUAGUGUAGGGGAAGCUACGGUUGUGAUUAUUGACGAAAAGCACCAAGGAUUCAAAAUAGUCGUUCCCAAGACAAGAGUAGGAGUUAAAGAUCUACUUUCUCCGUCCAGGCUGGAUUUUAAGGGAGACAAAUGGAGGCUGUAUUUUAUUGAUGCUAGACUCAACGAACGUGAUCCUCAUAGCGAGUUGAUUUCUCUUCUAUUAGAUGUAAGAGGCACGCUUAUCCAGGAUGGGGCCGGGCUGUAUGUAAAGGGAAUAGCUAAGGAAUGGAAGGUGCUUGGGUAUAGAAGAGAGCUUCCUCACUGCUUCGAAGGCUUUAUGAGGUUAGUGAAAAGGUCUUAUGUUCCUUCCUAUGGAUUGGCGGCUCCUAGAGGGAAAACCCGAGCAGAUUUUAAGGUAGAUAUAGUUUCUAUGGAGUCUGAUCUGGAGAGAUUUGUUAAGAUCGAGCCGUCUAGUAGGUAUGGGAUCGAAUGUGCAGGGAUGGUUCUUUCAUAUGUAAACGAUGAGAUCAAUACAAAGAGGGCUGCAUCACUAACGAUAUCGUCUUCCUUUGUUUACCGGGUUAAUUCUGUGUCCAAAGAAAGAGAGGCUCUUUCAAACAAGAUUGAGACAACGGUUCUGCUUGUUGACAAUGUGUUUUAUGUGAAGACGUCGAUGGUGGAUCUCUAUGCACAUGGAGUAUAUCCUAAUGACUUUAGAGGAAACGGAGUAGUGUUUCCUGUUGGUUUUGUUGUCCCAAACUUCGAGGUAUGUUCUGAUGCAAUAAGGAUCAAUGGGCCUGACGGAAGAGCAGAACUCCAACGGAUCAAGAUGUCGGGAAAUGGAGGAAGUAUAUUUGAUAUGGAGAUUUUUAAAGGAAAAGUAUUGGACUCCAAUGGAAAGACAAUGUGCCGGAUUCCCAGGAUGAAGAUCGAGGCCAGAAUUGGAAGGGCUCUUCUUUUGGAUGUUGUGUAUCUAAAGAUAUGCGGGAGAGCUAGAAGGAUUGCAAGAUUGGCACGGGGAAUGACGUGGAUGGCAAAUGGAGAAGUGUCUACGAAAGUUAUUGCAAGAAUUAAAAGAAUAGAAGGGGACAUAAGGUGCAAAGGAUCUAUCUUAAGAAUUAUUGUAGAUGAGUAUUUCCAAGGCCUUGCGAAAAGUGUCCGAGCUGUUUUGAAUGAGAGUAUUAUAAAUAUCGAGAACUUUGAAGCCGGAGAAGAAUUUGGAUGGAAGUCUGCAGUGCUAACAAUAAGAAAGGAGGAUCUCAAGAACUUGGAUGGAUUUGGAAGGAUAUUCAAGAAAAUAGGAAGUAGGUCGAGUGCCUUCAAAGCCUCUGCUGGAGGUCUGGUGAUUAAGCUGCUUAAUGGAGGGGAGAUAGAAAUAGAGAGUCUUCGGAUUUUCCGAGACGAGGGAGGUAUGAUUAUCUAUCCUUUUGAAGUUAAGGUCUUCAACACAGGUGAUUCCUCAACCUCAGCAGACAGUAGGAAAAGAGAAGUGGAGAUGUGUAUUAGCAAAAUUGAGAUAUCAGAUACUAAAGCAACUAUUGAGGGAAGUAUCAAAGGAGAGAUAAAUGAGGAAACCCUUAUCAAAAUAAAGGAUGGGAUAAAAGAGAUUCCAAUCCCAUCGGGGGGAUCCUUAGAGACGGUUGUCUUACUUGAUAUAUCUCUUAGUAUGGUGAUAUCUGGAAAUCCACUGAAAAUAGCAUGUCCUUUGACUCUUUGGCAAAAAGCGGAUGAAUACGAAAUCACUUUGCAACAGAUAGAGAUUGCAUCGGGAGACGGACAAAACACAAAUCUAUUUGAAGUCCACGCCAAGGGAGCAGAUGGGGUAUUAAGACUAUCGGUAAGCAAGAUGGAAAUCCACAUUGAACCUUUCAGGCUUGCUUCAAUACUUUAUCCUCUUGUUCACGGGACUGGGGACACGGACUUUGUGAAAAAGGUAGAAGUGGAUAUAGAAGAGAUAUUUGCGAAGACCAAAAGCAUAGAUGGCAUAAGAAUGAGGAAUGUCAGAUAUAGAGAUGAACUACUUCUACAGUUUUCUGUUUUAGAUGAGCCCGGGAGUAAGGUAGCAUACAAAAGAGUGAAUGGAUCGGAGAGCUAUCUUCUUUCUGUGAUCGGAGGAAGUUACGAGUUGAGUUCUUUGGCUGCUCUUGUUUCCUUCUGUUCAUCUGAAUAUAUGCAGAUAUACUCGAAGUUUGGAAUUCAGGUUUCCAGGGCUCGGCUCCAUGUGUUGUGUAUGGACCUUAAGGUGUUACUAGGCGAUGCUCUGUUUGCCCUUCGGAUCAAUCUUCCUAUUGUAUAUUUCGAUAUGGAAGAUCUAAACUCCUUUAAAGGAAGGGCUCUUUGCUCACUAGACGUCUAUGAUUCAAAUUCUAUGGAAUUUAUUCCCUUUAUUGAAGAAAAUGUGCUUCUAGCAAGGAAAUACGGAACCUUCUUGGAUGUAAGAACGCUUACAAAAUUAAGGAUUCUGUAUUUGGACGAAAUCACAAGCACAAUCUGGAGUCUCUUUGCAUCGGAAGAAACAGGAAUAACGAUGUUUGGGAAGCCUUUCCGUAACAAAGUUAGCAUAAGAAACAUCACGGACACAGUGCUAUGGGUCAAGACUAAAAGAUAUGCUGGGAGAGUCGGGAAAGGACAAUUCCACGAGUUUGAUGUAGACUAUGACGAGCAUAGAAUUCAAAUUGGAAAGGAUGAAGCAUGUGCCUUGGUUUAUAUUGUCAACAGCUGUUCUACCUCCUUUGUUUCUGAAGGGAAGAGUUUUGUUAUAGAAGUGACAUACGAUGGAAAACUAAGGGGCAUAACAAUUACACAUGUCUUGUCGUUCCUUAAUCUCUGUGAUAUUGAGUUGAUGGGGAAGAUGGACUACCUUGAUGGGUCUGCUUUGGAGCUGCAUAUGCUCCCUGAGUUCCACCAUACAAUUCCACAAGAGAAAGACUUCUUUCUGGAGAUAGGCAUGCAUGGAAAGUAUGUUUCUGCCGGAAAGAUAAAUGUCAGUUCGGCUCCGAAGGAUGCAACCUCCACCUUUGGAAUGAUAUGCAAGCUGGGCUUAGUAGAAAUAGGGAUCGACACGGUUGUUAGAAAUGCAGGGUCUGUUUCUUGUGUUGUGAUAAUUCUCUAUCCAAUUUUUGAAGUGAUGAAUAGAACAGCAUCCGUAUUGAACUUAAUCCUCUCUGUUGGAAAAGACAAUACUCCUGGUGGGGAAAGUGAAACUCAAAAAAAGAACAUUCCGCUUUCGGUCGAUAGAGAUUGUAAAGAAGACAUAUAUGGGAUUAGCUUUUCUGAGCUUCCUCUUCUCUAUGUGCAGAGUCUUGGAAGUCGAGCUACUGCCAGGGCGUUUGAAAAUAAGGCAUCCAUCGAAAUCAACUCCCAUUACUCUGGAGAAAUAAGAAAGGAGCAGGCUGAGAUAAUAUCUUUUUUCGGAAGGCAUACUCUUGCACAUCGGAUCAGAAUGGUAAUAUAUUCCCCUAUGGUGAUUAUAAACCACCUUGGAAAUGAUAUCUGGAUAAAUGGAGCCCGGUUUGGGCCAGGACCUUCAUGCUCCAACCGGCUGAAGGAUAUACACAGCUUGGCUGUUGGGGAAUAUAGUAUUGAGGAAUCCGUGGAGGUCGGAAAGAAGUUUACCAAAGCCUUUAUUCUGAAGAAAAGGGGUUUUAAAGGCCACAAGACCUGGAAAUCUCAUGAAGGCCAGGAAUGGUCCAAUGAAGCCAUAUUUGGAGGAUUUGGGCCUAAAACGGGAAUACAACCAAGUUGCAUCCGUCUUCUACUAGAGUUUGGGGAGGAUCAAGGUAGAAGAAUAAUUGAGUGCAAGUACACCUACCUGAUUAGAAAUCAAUCCCAAAUGAGACUUCUGGCUGUAUCGGAGCAUGUAUGUUACUAUGUGGAACCCCAUGAAGAGGUACCUCUCAAUACAUCCACAAAUGGAUUCUAUCUGUUCAUUGCAGAUUCAGUGAAUAUUAGAUCCCCAAGGCUUUCUGGAGUGUUUAUUCCAUUGGACAUUAAGAUAAGGAAAUACUUUAAGCUUCAAGGUUCCGAUGCCAUUUUGUUCAGCGUGAGCAAAGUCACGGACUCUGGACAGCAUGUAUUUGGGAUAAGAACUGAAAAAUAUUGGCCUUAUACGAUACACAAUGGGAUAGAUGUUGGUCUGAGAUUCAGCCAGAAAUAUGAUACUAUUGAGCAUUAUGUGGAAAAGGGAUCUGUUUAUAGAUAUGCGCCAGACAGUCUGAUGCUUGAUCCAGAGAUACUAUUGUGCAUUGAAGAUCAAAUAAUUCAGGUAAACCUUAACGAGGAUCAGGUCUUACUUGUUCAUGGAAUUACAGUGUCCAUAUCCCAGGGAAGUACUACAAGGGUUGUUCGGGUUUCCAGAGGGGAGAUCUCUAGUAGUGAGUGUAGGAUUUGUUUAGGAAUAGUAAUUGACAGCUUAUCUAUAUCGUUGGUGAAUAAGGAAGGGAAUGAGGUUUUAUGCAGCCAUAUAGAAGGCCUGGAGAUUGGAGCAGAAUGUAUUUCAAGAGAAGCUGGAAUUCCAGAGUUGAUGGCUCAUCCAAAAUAUGUGGAAUUUGUAAUUCAAGGAACAGCUGAAAGCAUUCAGGUGGAUAAUCAGAGCUUAUUCUGUGCAUUUCCAGUGGUUUUCCAUCCUCUUGACAAGUAUUUGAGGAUAGAAACCGAAAGAAGAAAUAGAAAGAAACUUCUUGUAUUUGAUUUUACAUUUGGGAGUUCGGCACAGAAUGUCUCCGUAUCAAAUCUGUACUUCAAAACAGAGGCCUUUGCACUGAACAUUGAAGAAAACCUGGCCAAGAGCAUUAGGGAGAUGUUUCUUAGGAAAAAAGAGAGAGAGGUAAAAAGCUACGAAAAAAACCUAAGAAUCCAGAAUCUAAAGAUGGAGAGAAUGGGUGCAAAGGUGAAUUUCCUCAAGGAUAUAGAAUCUGGUUUUGUUUCCAAUGUUGUGGGAUUAUUUAUCAACAACAUAAGUGACUUCUCUUUGGAAAUAGAUGGGAUGAAGGAAACAUGCUUGUAUACGACUUUCCAAGAGCUUGAAGAUCUUCUGGCUUCUUUCUACUUAUCUCAGCUUCAGAAAAAUCUCUACAAGGUUCUUACGCACUUGGACUUUAUGGGAAACAUAGGAAGUUUCACCGAGUCUGUAUCCAUAGGAAUUAAGGAUCUUCUUACCGAGCCUUCCUUGAACUCCAAUGUAGCUUGUGGAAUCUUCAAGGGAGGAAAGAGUUUCUUGAAGAACACCAUUUAUGGUGUUUCUAACACAGUUGGAAAAUUCUCUAAAAGCAUAGGAACAAGUGCUAAGUUCAUUGGAUGCAGUGCGGAUCCUAAACACGAAAAAUUCCGCCAUUCCUAUGCACGUGAUAUGCAUCUUCUUAUACCCCGGGCUAGACAUUCAAAAGGUCCAAUGACAUCUAUACUCAAAGGAACAGGAAAUCUUUUUGACUCGAUAACGCGUGGAAUGGUGGGGAUAGCAACUUCUCCUGUGGAAGGAGCCUCAAAUGGUGUUGCUGGUGUUGUGAAGGGAUUGGGAAAAGGAGUCCUUGGUGCCUUUGCCGGACCGAUCGCAGAAGUUGCCGACCUUGUAACUAAUAUUUCUGACACCAUAAAGACGUCCAUGAAUGGAAGAGUCAAAAGGAUCCAAUAUCCAAGGCCCGCAGGAUUCCUUGGAUGGUACGAUGAGGGAUUGAGCCAAGGCUUCUAUAUAUUUAUGUCUAUGGCCGGGAAAGUUCAUGAAGAAGAAAGGUUUGUGGAUGGGACAUUUGGGGAUUUUAACGGAAGAUGCCAGCUGGUUUUGACAACAAGAAGACUACUAAUAUCAGAUACUACCACUAUUCUUGACGUGUGCUUAGGAAGUAUAGUUGUUGAAGGAGACGAUCGAAAGUUAAAAAUCGGAGAGUUCAUCAUGUCCAUCGAAAGGCCCUCAUUUGUUGCUUCCGUGAAGUCAAUAAUUGAAAGAUGUUGA